AGUCCAUUCCUCAUGGUGGGCACUCCUACUAACUCUCUGUUACCAAGCUCUAACAGAUUACUGGCUUCAAAACAAAGGACAUAAAAAUUUGAACUGUAAGGAAAAGAAUCAGAGGAAGAUGGAGAAUAUUCUGGAUAUGUUUGUGAAGGUGUGGAGAAGCUUAACCUGACUGGCAGUUCAAGCAGUGGGAGUGACCACUCACCAGGACAACAUCAAACUGCCCUAAAAGAGAUGGACAGCAGUAAUGUAGUAGACAUGAGAGCUUCAGUGAGAGAAGCAGUGGAGGAGGGUUUGUCAUACCCUGUGCAAGAGUCACCUCUAGACACUGUAGAUGAGGAUAUCAGUCAGGAAGCCCAAAACCUGGGAAGUUUGGAGGAAUCUGAACCAGCAGAAGAGCCAGUUAUAGAGGUUCCAAGUAAUGAUACAAGAUCCUUUGAAGUUGAACCCCUCAUACAAGCUCCAGCUCCAACUGUCUCAGAUGAUGAGACAUUGUAUAACAGAACAGCAGAUGAAACACUAUCCAGUUCUGAGACUUCAGAUUUAGAGUUAAGGAACUAUCAGAAAGAGCUGGCCCAGCCAGGCCUUGAGGGGAAGAAUAUUAUUGUAUGUGCUCCUACUGGGAGUGGGAAAACUCGUGUGGCACUCGAGAUUACCAAGGAACAUCUAGAUAAAGCAGACAGAGGACGGAGAAAAGUUGUAUUUCUUGUCAACCAAGUGGAACUUAUGGAACAGCAGUUAGCAGUGUUCAAGAAAAACCUCACUGGCUACCGCACCAUUGGUUUGAGUGGAAAUGUAGAUACAAAAGUACCCUUGAGUGAGCUUCUGCCAAAGAAUGACGUUAUUGUUUUAACAGCACAGAUUCUGCUUGAUCAGUUGAGAGAUAAUUUAUUAAAGAUUCAUGAUUUUUCUCUCAUGAUAUACGAUGAAUGUCACCAUACCAAGAAAGGUCAUCCAUACAACAAUAUUAUGGCCUUCUACAUUGACCAGAAACUAGACUCACCAGUCGCUGACUGGCACCCUUCAGCAAUCCAGGAAAGGUUGCCCCAGGUUGUUGGGCUUACAGCCUCUUUGGGUGUUGGGAAGGCUAAUAAUAAUGAAACAGCAAUAGAACACAUUCUGAAAUUGUGUGCUAACUUAGAUACAGAGGAGUUGUCUACAGUUGUACAACAUGAGAAUGAAAUGCUGCAGUACGUGAAUGUACCCAAGUCAGAUAUUGUUCCUGUUGGUGAAAGAGCCAUGGAUCCUUUCAAAGAUAUCAUAACUGGAAUAAUGGAAGAAAUUGAAAAUAAAAUUAAGGAUCUGCAUGGUCAGCAUCAACUGAAAGAGAGAAGUGCAACAGAUUUAGAUCCCCCUGCUGAUAAAGGAAAAGGCCCCUAUACUCAGUGGGUCCAUUCACUGAAGAAAAAAAUUGCAGUUAUUGAUGAGCAGAAAAUACGGUGGAGUUGUUUUGCAUGCUGGACAAAUCUUUUGACAUAUCAUGAGGCCCUAUUGAUAAAUGAAGACAGCAGAACAAUAGAUGCACUUGAUUACAUCAGAAGCGAAAAUUCAAAGAGAUCCACCCAUAGAAAUUUAGAUAUUGAUAACUGGCUUCAGCAGUUAUUUCAAGAAAAGGAGCCAACCAUCAGUGAAUUUGCUGCAAAUGAUACUUUCAAAAAUCCCAAACUUGUGAAACUUGAGGAUAUGCUCCGUAAAGCAUAUGAAGAAAAACCAGACUCCAGGGGUAUAGUGUUCUGUAAGACACGAGCACUUACUGAAACCUUAAAAAACUGGAUGUUAGAAACAGAAAGUCUGAAAGCAUUGAACCCUAAAUGCUUAGUAGGAACAAAUGCAGCAGUUGAUAAAAAAGGAAUGACUUCAAGCCAGCAAGUGGACGUCUUAAGCUACUUUAAAGGUGGAAAAGUAAAACUUCUCAUAGCAACAAGUGUGGCUGAAGAAGGUUUAGACAUCAAGCAGUGUAACUUGGUUAUCAGAUACGACUAUGUCACCAAUGAAAUAGCCAUGGUGCAGGCAAGGGGCCGAGGAAGAGCAGAAGAUAGCCAGUAUGUUCUCAUAGCAGGUGGGAGGGGCACUGCUGAAAAAGAAGAAUUGAAUGUUAUUAGGGAAUCAAUGAUGAAGAAAGCUAUUUGUGCAGUCAAACAAAUGAGUCCUCAGGAGUUCAAAGACAAGGUCCGCAGGCUUCAGGAAGAAGUAAAAGAUGAGCGUAUGAUGCGGAAAACUGCUCAGAGUGGAGCAGCAGCAGAAGAUGAACAUGAGCUCCAAUGUUUGAAGUGUGAUGUCUUUGCAUGUUUAUCUUCUGAUAUCCGUGUCAUUGAAAAAUCCAAUCAUGUAGUGGUUGAUGAAGAAUUCAUGACAAGAGUGGAAGUCAAGCCUCACCCAAAUAGCCAGAGAUAUGGGAAUAUGGAAAAAACCGGCAAACUGCACUGCACAAAAUGUGACAGUGCUUGGGGAAUUCAGUGUUUGUACAAACGUAUGGCAUUUCCAGUUCUGAAACUAGAAAGUUUCUUGCUGGAGGAUAAGAAUAGAGACAUAAAAAUGGAAAAUAAGUGGAAGGAUGUGCCAUUUAAAGUGCGGAAAUUCACUUCUGAGGACUGGAAGAAGAUUGCAGCCAGGCAGUAGAUACCUAGUUGGUAGCUUUUUUGUUAAAACAAUACAUACUGACCAAAUUUAUUAUGAGCUUCAGUUCUGAUGGAUGUCACUUAACAAUUCUUCAUUAUUAAACCCACAUGUGUGUACACUUAUUAAAAUGUAAAAAUGAAAAAUCCGAUCUGUGUCAUCUGUGAUACUCAGGCUAAUUAAUAUUACCAACUGGCAAAGAAGGAAAUUGGGACAGUAACUUUCUUUCAAUAUGAAAAUGAUCAAUGCAUGCAAAUGUAGUCCAUGAUAACUCAUAAUACACCAACAGAUAAACUGACAUUUGUGCUGACUGUAUUGAUACAUAAUCACUGCUGCAGUAGUAUAUUUGUUUCACAAAAAGAUCUAUAAUUUUUUCAAAAUUGAAUUUUACAUUUUAGUCAAUGAAUACAAUCAAAGACAAUUGUCCCACUUAUUUAACAGGGAUGAUGGAAGCUAGGUUAACCUUGCUGAGGAUGUGGGACAAUUUGUUAGAAUAAUUCUCAUGAGGGGUAAGGGAGGCCUUGGUUCACCGACCUUCACAUUUCUCACCAGUAUCCGUAGUGACAUAUAAUGGACAUUGAAAGUCCUGACCAAUGGCUGGUGAAUAGACAGAAAGCUUGACUGACUUUCAGAAUAAUUAUGUACAAUGCAAAUAAGGUUAAGACUUAAUGAAUAACACAUACAUGUAUUUUGUGUUGUGAAAAUUUAAAUUCUGUAAAUUGCUUUGGAUCCAAGAACAGCCAGUAUUACAUGCCUGAAUUUGAACUGAACUGUGUAUGACAUUAAACAAGAGAAAAAGAAGCUUCUUAAUUGUCUUACCAAUGUGAGAAAGGUGUAGAAGUCAUUUUGACAGAUAUGAUCAAGUUCUUGUAUCUAGGCUUUGAGGGAGGUAAGAACAGUGUUUAGAGCUUAGCUGAAAAUCGUAUUGUGUACAUAAUUCUUAUAGAGAAAUAAUUUUUGAAUAAAUUGUACACUCAACAAAAAUAUUA